AGCGAACUGGUGGGCAGACCCGGAGUCGCCGCGUAAGCGGGGCCGGCUCAGUGCGGUGCGGCAGGCGCGGCUGUGCGGCAGCGGAAGUCCUUUGUUGCAGCACAGUCCCUGGCAGAGCCAGAACCUCUCCGCGCAGCCCAGCCCGAGCGCCGCCGCCACUGCAGCUCGCGGCCCCUUCGCCUCCGCCCGCCUUUCCCGCGGCUGAUUUGCCUUAAACUCCCUAAAAUCUCCGCAGCCCCGGUUCCUGCUGCGGCCGGUCUCUAAUUAAUAGAAGAUGGCAAAGCCCAGCCACAGCAGCUACGUCCUUCAGCAGCUGAACAACCAAAGGGAAUGGGGUUUUCUCUGUGACUGUUGUAUUGCAAUUGAUGACAUUUACUUUCAAGCACACAAAGCAGUUCUAGCUGCUUGUAGCUCCUAUUUUAGGAUGUUUUUCAUGAACCAUCAGCACAGUACUGCACAACUGAAUCUCAGCAACAUGAAAAUUAGUGCCGAGUGUUUUGAUCUUAUUUUGCAAUUUAUGUAUUUAGGAAAAAUUAUGACAGCUCCCUCCAGUUUUGAGCAGUUUAAAGUGGCAAUGAACUAUCUACAGCUGUACAAUGUUCCUGACUGCUUAGAAGACAUACAGGAUGCAGAUUGUUCUAGUUCAAAAUGUUCAUCUUCUGCUUCUAGCAAACAGAACAGCAAAAUGAUAUUUGGGGUAAGAAUGUAUGAAGACACUGUGGCUAGAAAUGGCAAUGAAGCCAAUAGGUGGUCUGCAGAGCCAAGUUCAACAGUAAAUACACCACAUAAUAGGGAGCCUGAUGAAGAGUCUUUACAAUUAGGUAAUUUUCCUGAACCACUAUUUGAUGUAUGUAAAAAAAGUUCUGUGUCCAAAUUAUCUACUCCAAAAGAACGUGUGUCACGACGCUUUGGACGGAGUUUUACCUGUGAUAGUUGUGGAUUUGGCUUUAGCUGUGAAAAAUUAUUAGAUGAGCAUGUGCUAACCUGUACUAACAGACAUUCAUACCAAAACACAAGGUCCUAUCACAGAAUAGUAGAUAUUAGAGAUGGAAAAGACAGUAAUAUCAAAGCUGAAUUUGGUGAAAAGGAUUCUUCUAAAACAUUUUCUGCACAGACGGACAAAUACAGAGGAGACACAAACCAGGCUGCUGAUGAUUCAACUUCAACCACUGGAAGCCGAAAAAGUAGCACGGUGGAGUCUGAACUAGCCAGUGAAGAAAAAAGCAGAGCUGCUGAGAGGAAAAGAAUCAUUAUCAAGAUGGAGCCAGAAGAUAUUCCUACAGAUGAACUGAAAGACUUUAACAUUAUUAAAGUUACUGAUAAAGACUGUAAUGAAUCCACUGACAAUGACGAAUUAGAAGAUGAACCUGAAGAGCCAUUUUACAGAUACUAUGUUGAAGAAGAUGUCAGUAUUAAAAAAAGUGGUAGGAAAACUCUAAAACCUCGGAUGUCAAUAAAUGCUGAUGAAAGAGGUGGGUUAGAAAAUAUGAGGCCCCCUAACAACAGCAGUCCAGUACAAGAGGAUACUGAAAAUGCAUCUUGUGAACUGUGUGGACUCACGAUAACUGAGGAGGACCUGUCAUCUCACUACUUAGCCAAGCACAUUGAGAAUAUCUGUGCAUGUGGUAAAUGUGGACAAAUACUUGUUAAGGGUAGACAGCUUCAGGAACACGCUCAGAGAUGUGGAGAACCCCAAGAUCUGACAAUGAAUGGCUUAGGAAAUACCGAGGAGAAAAUGGACAUGGAAGAGAAUCCUGAUGAGCAGUCUGAAAUAAGAGAUAUGUUCGUUGAAAUGUUGGAUGAUUUUAGGGACACUCAUUUCCAGAUAAACAGUAUCCAAAAAAAGCAGUUAUUUAAACAUUCUGCCUGUCCUUUUCGAUGUCCUAAUUGUGGCCAGCGUUUUGAAACUGAAAAUCUAGUGGUUGAACAUAUGUCUAGCUGCUUAGACCAAGAUAUGUUUAAGAGUGCCAUCAUGGAAGAAAAUGAAAGAGAUCACAGACGAAAGCAUUUUUGUAAUCUGUGUGGAAAAGGAUUUUAUCAGCGGUGUCACUUAAGAGAACACUAUACUGUUCAUACUAAGGAAAAACAGUUUGUUUGUCAGACAUGUGGAAAGCAGUUUUUAAGGGAACGUCAGUUGCGACUGCACAAUGAUAUGCACAAAGGCAUGGCCAGGUAUGUCUGUUCCAUUUGUGAUCAAGGCAACUUCAGAAAACAUGACCAUGUACGGCAUAUGAUUUCUCAUUUAUCUGCUGGUGAGACUAUAUGCCAGGUCUGCUUUCAGAUAUUCCCAAAUAAUGAACAGUUGGAACAGCACAUGGAUGUUCAUCUGUAUACAUGUGGAAUAUGUGGAGCAAAAUUUAAUUUGAGGAAAGAUAUGAGAUCACAUUAUAAUGCCAAGCAUUUGAAAAGAACAUAAGUGAUUUUCUACUGUACUAAUGUUUAGUUGAUAGCAGAAAAAAACCAAAGCAAAGGAUAUGAGCUAUUUAGAAAUUGAUUUUAUAAGAUGAAUUGUUGGAAAAAAAUUUCAAGGCCCUUUAUCUUUAAUAUUUUUGUUUAGGAUCUUAAGUAUCUACAUUUUAGGUGUUAUUAAAUGUUUAUCAUUUUUGUUAUUUCUUAAUAGAAUUCUUUGUUUUUAGUUUGUUUUAGCUAUGAUUAAAAUUAUUUUUAAAUGUAGACUACAAGUGGUUGUUACCCCUUCAAUGACUAUUAAACUUUAGUUUUUUAUCAAUAA